CCUGCUCAUGGUCUACUUCACCAACUUCGGGAACACCACCAUCCUGGUGCCAAAGCCCUUCCGGAUGCUGCUGGGCAUGCACCUCGACCUGGGGAUACUCUACUACGCGUACAUGGGCAUGCUAGCCGUGUUCUGCACCAACGCAAUCAAUAUUCUGGCUGGGAUUAACGGUCUGGAAGCCGGGCAGUCGUUGGUGAUCGCUGCCUCAAUCAUUGCUUUCAACAUCGUGGAACUAACGGGGGAUUGCAGAGAUGACCACGUUUUCUCUCUCUACUUCAUGAUCCCCUUUUUCUUUACCACGCUGGGGUUGCUGUACCACAACUGGUACCCCUCCCGGGUAUUUGUGGGAGACACCUUCUGCUACUUUGCUGGCAUGACCUUUGCCGUGGUGGGGAUCCUCGGGCACUUCAGCAAGACGAUGCUGCUGUUCUUUAUUCCACAAGUGAUCAACUUCCUCUACUCGCUUCCUCAGCUUUUCCACAUCAUCCCUUGCCCCCGCCACCGAUUGCCCAGAUUCAACGCAGACACAGGGAAGCUAGAGAUGAGCUACUCGAGAUUCAAGUCAAAGAGCCUCUCUCCUUGGGGAGCAUAUAUCCUGAAGAUAGCUAAGAAAUUCUGCCUGGUUGAUGUGCAUCAGGGAACAGACAAAGACGGAGAAUUUACGGAAUGCAGUAAUAUGACUCUUAUUAACUUCGUGCUGAAGCUGAAAGGACCAACUCCUGAGCGAAACCUGACGGUUCUGCUGCUGCUGCUCCAAGUUGCUGGGAGUUCGGUAGCUUUUGCUAUCCGGUACCAGCUGGUACGGCUGUUUUAUGACAUCUGAGCCAACGUUUGUUCCUCCUCUGCCCCGCCGUCCAUACCGUCCAAGAAAAGCCGUGAAUGCGGUCCUGUCCAGGGCAGUUCUUAGUCCUUGCCGGAAGGUGGGCUGCUACUGCUGCUGCUGCUGCUGCUGCUGCUGCUGCUGCUGCUGCUGCUGCAUCUGCUGCAUUGGCGUCAGGAGCUACAUGGUGCAGUUUCUGUUCCUGGCAGAAGAGGGGGGCACCUGCUUCUCCAGCGGGGCCCCGUGAACACCAGGGAAGAUCAGGCGAGCCGAAGGGUCCCACUGUCAGCCUCCAGUAAAAGCCCCACUUUACGGUCAGCGAUGGGGCUCUCCUCUCCUGGAUGCAGCUCGGAAGCAGCAUUCUCCUCAGGUGCCACAGCCUGCCUGUGGUCCUCUUGCAUCUUUGGGAGGGAGUCCAGUGAGUCAACACCUGUAGCAGCUGUGGGAAGUAGAGGAGCUGUAGGCUUCGUAAGUGGUUUCCUUGCUAUGUAUUCUGGGGAAGGAUUUGAUUUGGGUGUCUUCAGUAUGUGCUGACUGAGAAAAACUUCAGUGUAUUUGAGAGAUUGCUCUGAAGCCUAUUUAAAACUGCUGUGCUCCUGCCGCCUUUCCCACAAACUUCGUAGAGUGCUUUUCUAUACCCCAUUUUGUACCUAAGGCAUUUAUGUGUUGGGUCAAUCUAGAGGGGUGAACAGGAGGCCAAGCGUUUUGAGGACAGGGUGCAAGAACAGGCAGCAGGUGAGCUGUGGGGAGGCUGCAGCGGGGCCAGAGGGCCCACGGCUGAUGGCAUUAAGACGCUUAGGUCAGACAUUGGGACACGCAAGCGGUAACAAUGUUUGUGUGAUGUCAUCAGUUGGGCAGGGUGGGUUUGGGUGGUUGUUUUUUUGCCCGUGGAGAGCUUGUUUGUUGUGGGGAUGCUGGAAGUGCAAAGGGGGAGAAACAUUGAGUUCUUGGCUUCCACCUUCAGGCAGGGGAGAAUGGAAAGGACUUCAGAAUAAAGCGUUGCAUCGGUUCA